UAUUAGCAUAUGCCCCGAGGGCUUAUUUACAUACGGUAUAAACAGUCGGCUAAUCUGAUCCGUUUUCAUAACAGCAUCAAACCAGAAUAUAUUACUCCAGGCGCCUUUAGGAAACAGAUAGAACAAGAAGACCGAAUGAGAAGCAGAGAUAAAAAUAUAUAAUAAGCUUAUCUUUUCAUUUUUGUUUUUUUUCUUUUGUCAUUUUCUAUUUCAGUAUUUGGAGUAUUUCCUUGAUCGUGCACAGCGGCUCGCUAUGGCCCCGUUAACCGAAAUCGGGAGCUACUUGGGCGGUCUAGACGGUGGACAUGUGGCAGCCCCUUUCUUUCUUCCUGCCGUGGACGCCCCGGUCCUUCUGAGCGAUCACCUCGCCCAGACCGAAAGCAGGCUGUCUCGCAGCACCACCACGGACUUAGUGCAUUUGCAAGGGAUUUUGCGAAGGAGGCAGCUUUAUUGCAGAACUGGCUUUCAUUUGGAGAUCCUUCCAGGUGGAGCAGUGCGGGGGACCAGGCGAGACCACAGCCGAUUCGGGAUCCUGGAGUUCAUCAGUAUAGCCGUAGGGCUGGUCAGCAUUAGAGGAGUGGAUAGUGGACUGUACCUAGGAAUGAACGACAAAGGAGAAUUAUAUGGCUCGGAAAAGCUGACAGCUGAGUGCAUCUUUAGAGAACAAUUUGAAGAAAAUUGGUAUAACACGUAUUCGUCCAACCUAUAUAAACACAGUGAUACGGGGCGGCGGUAUUUUGUUGCACUCAAUAAAGAUGGAUCUCCAAGAGAUGGGAGCAGAUCCAAAAGGCACCAGAAGUUUACUCAUUUUUUGCCAAGACCUGUGAAUCCAGAGAAAGUACCUGAACUCUACAAAGAUUUAUUAGGUUAUAGCUGAAACAACCCAACAUCAGAAGAUGAAGAAUUAUUUACUCUGUUUAUCACAGAAACAUGAGCUUCCCAUGGCUACAUCUGGUUGAGAGAAUGGUUUGGAAGGGAGGUGGCCUUACUGUCAUCAAAUGAAAAGCAUUUCUGAUGUGUAAUCACCUGUUCAGGAUCUUUACAUCUUAUUGCUAGGCAUUCACAGCUUAUGGACAUCAGUAAUGCUAUAAAUAGCAGCAGACAAAGGGAAUUGGUAUGUGUCGAUUGUAGACUUUGCUAUAUGAUGCUGCAGGUGCCUUUUCACCGAGAAGUUACAUUGACAGAGUAGUGCUACAAGAAUGUUCCUUUAUAUCACUGUGGAUAAGCACCACUUGGACUUGAUGGAGAAAUGCUAAAGGUCAACCUAAGAUAUCCAAUAUGAAGACUACUGCUAGACUUUUCACUUUUACUACAGAGUAUCAGAACAAUGAAUGAGUUACUGUAAUUUAUUUCACAAUAGUGUGGCCUCCAUCAUAAAUGUUGCUCAGAACUUAUACUCACAUUGCCUUGGGCGACC